GAAGAACACCGGAGAUGCUGCCCGCCGUGGUCAGAGUACUGCGGCUGCUGCCACGCCUGAGACGAGGCCAAUUCCUAGUCCUGCGUUCAACCAGGCAAGCAGUCUGGAUGAUGUGCAACCGCUCCAUGGUUCAAAGCUCCCAGCUAUGGAUGACUCGUACGUUUCUGCUCCUCCUUGAGCUCGAAUAGUCUCCAACCAGAAGCAUAUCCUCGAUACUGACUUGGAGCGAUUUUGUACAGCUUCGUCGGCCUGAGCGGCGGAGAGAUCUUCCACGAAAUGAUGCUUCGACAGGGUGUUAAGCAUGUUUUUGGUUAUCCCGGUGGUGCCAUUCUCCCCGUGUUCGAUGCCAUCUACAACUCCAAGCAUUUCGAAUUCGUUCUUCCCCGGCAUGAGCAGGGUGCUGGACAUAUGGCUGAGGGUUACGCACGAGCUUCGGGUCUCCCUGGUGUCGUGCUUGUGACCUCCGGUCCAGGUGCUACUAACGUCAUCACGCCGAUGCAGGACGCCCUCUCGGACGGAACCCCCUUGGUUGUCUUUUGCGGCCAGGUGCCAACGAGCGCCAUUGGCACCGAUGCUUUCCAGGAAGCUGAUGUUGUCGGUAUCUCGCGGGCCUGCACCAAAUGGAACGUCAUGGUCAAGGACGUAGCCGAGUUGCCUCGACGCAUCAAAGAGGCAUUCGAGAUUGCUACCACUGGUCGCCCCGGUCCCGUCCUCGUGGACUUGCCCAAGGACGUUACCGGCGGUAUCUUGCGCAAGGCAAUUCCCUUGACGAGCACCCUGCCCUCUUACCCUAGUGCGGCCACCCUGGCAGCUCGUGAGCUGAGCAAGGUGCAGCGGGACGGUGCCGUCAAGCGCGUAGCCGAACUCAUCAACAUUGCCAAGAAACCUGUCAUCUAUGCUGGACAGGGUGUCAUUGCUCUGCCCGAGGGCCCCAAGCUGCUCAAGGAGCUUGCCGACAAGGCUUGCAUCCCUGUCACCACCACCUUGCAGGGUCUUGGUGGCUUCGACGAGCUGGACGAGAAGUCCUUGUACAUGUUGGGUAUGCACGGUUCGCCCUUCGCCAACAUGGCAAUUCAAGAGGCCGAUCUCAUCAUUGCGCUUGGCGCUCGAUUCGACGACCGUGUUACCCUUAACGUGACCAAGUUCGCUCCUCAGGCGAAGCUGGCUGCCGCGGAGAAGCGCGGUGGCAUUGUUCACUUCGAGAUCAUGCCCAAGAACAUCAACAAGGUCGUCCAGGCGACCGAGGCCGUUGAGGGUGAUGUGGCUGCCAAUUUGGCUCUCCUUUUGCCUCAAGUCAAGGAAAAACCGACGCGCCCAGAGUGGUUCGCGCAGAUCAACGACUGGAAGAAGCGAUUCCCUAUGAACUACGAAAAGGCCACCCCCGAUGGGCUCAUCAAGCCGCAAUCCGUCAUUGAGGAGCUUAGCCGACAGACCGAGCACAUGAAGGACCGCACCAUUAUCGCUACCGGUGUCGGCCAGCAUCAGAUGUGGGCCGCGCAGCAUUUCCGCUGGCGACACCCCCGCACUAUCGUGACCUCUGGUGGUCUCGGCACCAUGGGUUAUGGUCUACCGGCCGCCAUUGGCGCCAAGGUCGCUCGGCCCGAUGCCCUGGUUAUCGACAUUGAUGGUGACGCCUCGUUCAACAUGACCCUGACCGAGCUUUCAACCGCGGCGCAGUUCAACAUUGGUGUUAAGGUCAUUGUCCUAAACAAUGAGGAACAGGGAAUGGUCACUCAGUGGCAGAAUCUCUUCUACGAGGACCGCUAUGCCCACACUCACCAAAAGAACCCAGACUUUGUGAAGCUGGCGGAGGCUAUGGACGUCCAGGCCCAGCGUGUCCUCGCCCCUGAGGAUGUGCCCGCUAAGCUCGACUGGCUCAUCAACAGCGACGGCCCUGCUCUUCUGGAAGUGGUCACCGACAAGAAGGUGCCUGUGCUCCCCAUGGUUCCGGCUGGUAAGGGUCUGCACGAGUUCAUGGUCUACGAUGAGGCCAAGGAUAAGGAGCGGAAAGCCCUGAUGAAAAAGCGAUCCGGCUUUUAAAUGCAAAGCCCAACACUUGUUGGCGCUUUGUCCCUUGAUAUCCGUCCCUUAAGGUAGCGAGGUUUCGCUGCAUCCGUCAACCCCCUCGAUUUGAACAUCAUCGUCAC